CCGCUGCAGCCUUCAAGCGGAGAGAGAGCCCCGAAGGGGACAGCUUCGUGGUGUCUGCGUACCUGGGUGGCCGCAGAGGCACGGAGGAGGCGGAGCGGCGGGGCUGCGUGGAGCACGGCACAAGGGACAAGCAGAGUCCCCCGCAGACAGAGUACAGCAGCGCAUGGACGUGUCAGCUUUCCUUUUGGAAAGACACUUUUCUGGCCGGUUGAUAAAUGAAAAGUUCUGAGUGUAUUUGUAAACACUUGUGUGGCCUCGUCCCGAGAAGGGGCCCAGACACGCCCUGAGAUCAAACACACAGUAGAGUUAUGAUUCCUGUGUCUGGGAGUGAAAUUUGAAUCCCACGCCUGUGAAGGGGCUGCCUGGCGGGGACCCCAAGGAAGGACCUUUCCGGGACGACCCGUGUCCCCUAGAGGGUAAGUCCUGCUCUCCAGACCUCACUGACGCCACACUGUACCCCAGGCACCUGCCCCCAGGACACCCUGGCAAUGGGGACCACCCACACCCCACGCUUCCCGACGUAUCCUAGCACACCCAGGCCAGCCCUGGCUGGUCGCGGGUCCCCACCGGUGGCCGUUUGCAGGUGCAAGCCAGGUUCCCCGGUCUUAAAAGCAAAUUGUUCUGAGAUGUGCUUAAAAACACAUCUCACGUGGGCUCCUCCGUGGAGCAGAUGACGUGGACUUCGGUCUGGGGGUUGGAGAACAAAAGGCGAAUCUCAGGGCCUCUGCCCGUCCGCGUCCCUGGAGUCUCGCGAGCCCGUAGGCGGAAGGACAGGUUCCGCACGGGUGUUUCGGUGAAUCCACGGGUCACCUGUGGGUGUGAUGUGCCGCAUUAGCGUAAGGCUGUCCAAAGUGGUCUGUGUGCGAAGCAUGACCGCCCUAGUCACCGCCACACAUGUGCAUCUGCUGUGGAGUGGGUCCCCGUGGCGUGUGACAGUGACCACCAGGCUUGUCCGAGGGUCACCUGCCGGGUGAGCGUUCUCAGCAUUACGUGGGCGGGGAGGCUGACCGCAGGGCUGCCUUUGGAGGGGCUCCGCGAGCCCUGCCCAGGAGCUCAGGCCCUGGGGGUCUCCUGGCAGCUGCGUGUCUCCCAGACACGCCCGGCUCCUGUCCUGGGGAGUAAGUGAGCCCGGAGACCAGGGCACUCCUUGUCCGUCGGGCCCAGAGAUUGGGGAGGGGGCUGCCCGGCGCACAGGCAGCCUCCCGGGCUCUGGUGUUGCGGGCUGUUGGGAAACCGGACCGUGUCGCUGGGGAGGGGAAGCCAGACAGUGAAGCAACCCUCCCGGGGGCCCCUCGGGCCGGGCUGCCUGCCUGUGGGCCUGCGGGGCCGCCCUCUCCCUGCCCCAGGCUUCGAAGCCACUGCAGCCAGGGAGGCAGGAGCGCGCGUCCGGCCGCGGCUCACACCGGGGAGGGUCGCCCUGGCCUCCGCUCAGGUCCCUUGAUGCCGCGUGUUCCAGAAGCCCAGGCCCUCAGCUCAGACCCGUCUGGAGAGGGGCCACACCCCCUCCCCAGCCCUGCGUCAGCCCCCGGGCCAGGCCAGGGGAGACGGGCCCGUCCCACCCCUCUCGUCCCUGCAGUGGCACUGCCGCCGGAGAAGGCCGAGGGCCGAGAGGGCCCAGGACAGCUCUUCGGCACAGACGAUGGAGAAAGAGCAGUGAACUGCGAGGGCCCCCGCGGGCCGGGCAAGCGGCGCCUGAACGUGGACGCGCUCCAGUGUGACGUCUCGGUGGAGGAGGACGACGGCCAGGAGUGGACGUUCACGCUCUACGGCUUCGACAACAGUGGCAAGGCCACCAGAGAGGACAUGUCCAGUCUGAUGCACACGAUCUACGAGGUCGUCGAUGCCUCGGUCAACCACUCCUCGGGCAGAAGCAAGACCCUCCGGGUGAAGCUGACCGUCAGCCCUGAGCCCUCCAGCAAGAGGAAGGACGGUCCCCCCGCCAGCCAGGACCGGGAGCCCACGCGAUGCAGGAUGGAGGGGGAGCUCCCCGAGGACCCCAGGGUGGCUGACAAGAGGCUGUCCACGCACAUCAGGAGGCCCACCGCCGACCCCCACCCCUGCUCCGAGCGGGGGCCCUACUGUGUGGACGAGAGCACGGAGCGGAGGAACCACUACCUGGACCUGGCGGGAAUCGAGAACUACGCAUCUAAGUUCGGACCAGGGUCUCCCCCGGCGCAGGCCAGGCAGGAGCCCCCAGCCAGGGCCGCGCACCCGCAGGGCCGGUCCCGCUCCCAGGAGUCGGACGCGCACGCCGUGCACCAUCGCCGCUGCCUGGGGCCGGCCGAGCCCGCCCUGCUGGCCGCGGAGCCCGUGCCGCGGGCCCUGGACCUGCCGCCCCGGCCGAAGGGGCCGGAGAGGCCGUUCCUGAGGUCCCCGCAGGGCUCGGGGCGGCCGCCCGGGGCCCCCAGUGGGGGCAGGCCCGGGAGAGCGUUCAGCUUUCAUCCGCCGGCCCCCCAACCCCAGGCCCCGCCCCAGGACGGUCACCAUGUCCCGCAGUCCCUGCCCCCGCCCUACGGCCACAGGCGCUGCCGGCAGAGGGGCCGGGAGGGCCACUCGCCGCUCAAGGCCGCACCAGGCCAGCCCGCGGCGCUGGAGCACGAGGCAGCGCGGGAGCUGCCGCCCGUGCUGCUGGGCGAGGCCUGCGCGGUGCCGGCGGUCCAGCGCCACGAGCACCACCACCACCACGAGCACCACCACCACCACCACCACCACCACCACCCGGCCUAGCGGCCCCGCCGGUGCUGGGGACCCACGCGGAGGAGCCUCCUCCCUCCUCGGCGAGGAGUGUCUCACGCCAGCGGCGUCCCCGUCCCGAAGCUUUCUGUGUCAUCCAUAAACACAUUUGUACACUUGGACGCCUGCCCCUGCUCCUGCCGCGAUACCAAAGCAAGGCCCACGGGGGCGAAGGGACCCUGCUCGGACGGCCUGGGCGUGUUUUCCUCUUGGAGCCCCGCUGGGGGCGCUUCUCCUGCGCGGCAGGGGGCGCGAGGCUUGUCACUGGCCCCGGGGGGCCGCGGGCUUUGUGGUUCCUGGGGCUCAUCCACCCUGAACCGGGGAGGGGCGGCUCGGGGCAGUCGCUGCUCGGGGCCGCGUGUGCGAGGCCGGCACGGAUCACGGGGAGAAGGGUGGCCCCGCGGGGGGCCAGGGAAGCGGCCGGAGUCCAGAAAGGCGGAGGUGAAAGCCAAGAGGAGGGGCGGCCAGGCAGGGCCACAGGCGGUGCCGCUAGCAUCCUACGAGGACACAGACGUGGCCGGCGGGGCGAGGGAAGCGUGGGCGCCCCCGAGAACCGCACACGCGUGGACAGCUGGACAGGAGGCGGGCGGAAAACCUUGAGUGCCGGGGCACAGCCUCAGCUUUGGAAAAGCGCGAUUCCCUUUGGGAGGCUGGGAAGAGGGCCGCAGGCGAGCAGGAAGCCUGGGUGUCCUGGAACCUCGGCCCGCGGAUGCCCCCGAGGCAGGACGUGCCGCUGCUCCGUCUGAGGUGAGCAGCUUGUGAAUUGGUGCAGCUCGUUUUGUAUUUGCCUCCUUGGCGCUGUUUUUAAGGAUACAGCAAAGUGGUGGUUGGUCUGUGAGUUAUUCCCCAGUCAUAAUAAAAAUACGUGCAUUUUGUAACAUGUCA